AUGAAGUCCACGCAAGCAUUACUCGCCUUUGGCAUAUUUGCCAGUGCGCUUGCCCAGCAGCGGUCGGAUUCAACGAAAAUCACCCAGACCUUGUCAGAGAACCUCACGUCGAAUCUACCCACUGGCUCCAGCCUGCGCUCUGUCGGCACCAAGGCCGCGACACCUACGACGACUGUAACCAAGAGCGGCGAUGCGACGGUGACGGGGACAAGGGCCUCUCAUACCAGUACCCAUAGCACCAGCGCGUCGUCUGGAGGUGCCGCGCCGACAGCCGCCGCUGUCAACAUGGCUCCGCUUCUCGGUGUGGCCGUCGCCUUGUUGGCAGCAUAG